GAAAAAAAAAUUAGACCAAAUAGGCUAUAACAUUACAUACACCUGUAAGGCGGUAAAAUUUAAGAGGCAUAUGAACCAACCUAAUUAAAAUAAUUGGAAGAAACGUAUGAAACUAUUCAUGUAGACGUGUCAACACUAUCUAAUUCCACUACCAAAAUCCCUCACUUCAAAUUCUGCCAAUAAAUAAAUAAAAUAUAGUAGUAAUACCAUUUCUGUUCACUUCUCUUCUACUUAACAUUUCUGUCAAGAAAAAAAAUCGUCCAAAAAUUUGCUCAGUUCUCUGGUCUAAAAUACCAGUGUAUACCUUGUACCACACAAACAAGCCAUGGGCAAAGAAACUCUCACCACCACAACCACCACUAUCGAUACUGGCGCUACUUUCAAGCUAGUGGGAUUCAAAAAUUUCAUCCGUGCUAAUCCCCGUUCAGAUUUCUUCUCCGUUAAACGUUUCCAUCACAUUGAAUUUUGGUGCGGCGAUGCUACCAAUACAGCUCGCCGUUUUUCUUGGUCUCUUGGUAUUCCAAUUGCAGCAAAAUCUGACCUCUCAACUGGAAACUCCGUUCAUGCUUCUUAUCUCCUCCGUCCCGUUUUGGGCGCUCUUCAGUUCGUCUUCACUGCUCCGUAUUCAUCGUCUAUCUCAACGCCGUCAUCUGCAGCCAUCCCCAGUUUCUCUAACUCUGCUCACCAGGAUUUCACAGCAGCUCAUGGACUUGGCGUUCGUGCCGUUGCUUUGGAAGUGGAAAAUGCUUACGCGGCGUUCUCCGCCAGUGUUUCCCGUGGGGCGAAACCCCGUUUAGAACCUGUAACAAUUGAUGAACGCGUGGCUGUGGCUGAAGUUCACCUGUAUGGCGACGUCGUUUUGCGGUUUGUAAGCUAUCUUAGAGAUGCGGACAGCCUCAUUUUCCUCCCAGGUUUCGAGGCCAUGGAUGAAGCAGCAUCCUUCAAGGAAUUGGAUUAUGGGAUUCGCCGGCUGGAUCACGCCGUUGGGAAUGUGCCGGAGCUAGGUCCUGUAGUGGAUUACAUCAAGGGUUUUACAGGGUUUCAUGAAUUCGCUGAGUUCACAGCUGAAGAUGUUGGGACUGCUGAGAGCGGGUUGAACUCGGUGGUGUUGGCAAACAAUGACGAAACUGUUCUUCUUCCGUUGAAUGAGCCGGUGUAUGGAACCAAAAGGAAAAGUCAAAUUCAGACCUAUUUAGAGCAUAAUGAAGGUGCAGGACUGCAACAUUUAGCAUUGGUUACAGAGGAUAUAUUCAGAACUUUGAAGGAAAUGAAGAAAAGGAGUGGAGUUGGGGGAUUUGAAUUCAUGCCUUCACCUCCGCCUACUUAUUAUAAAAAUUUGAAGAGUAGGGCAGGGGAUAUAUUCAGUGAUGAGCAAAUCCAGGCGUGUGAAGAGUUGGGAAUCUUGGUGGACAGGGAUGAUCAGGGGACUCUGCUUCAGAUAUUUACCAAGCCUGUGGGAGACAGACCAACAAUAUUUAUUGAAAUAAUUCAGAGAAUCGGUUGCAUGCUCAAGGAUGAAAAUGGACAAUUUUAUCAGAAGGGCGGUUGUGGAGGCUUCGGAAAGGGAAAUUUCUCAGAGCUCUUUAGAUCAAUCGAGGAAUAUGAGAAGAUGCUUGAAGCCAAAAAUGUUAAUCAAGUAGCUGCUUCUUGAACGUAUAAGAAUUAGAUUUCUUUAUCCCCAGUUCAAUUGAAAUUGGACAGGGGCAUCUAAGCUUCCAUUUGAUGUCUCUAUUAUUAAUGAAAUAUAGCUUGUGUAUAAGUUUAUGUGAGGUGCUAGUAUGUAAAGAGUCAAUAAAGCAUGGAAGGACCAAAAAUCAAGUAACUUAAGUGUAAGGGGAUAUGAUUGUACCAGUGGAUUAUGUAUAAUAUUGAUCACAAGUUCUGUAAGGGAAGGUAAUCUUUUUCCAA